AUGGUGCUCCCCAAGGGAAUGAAAAACGUGCAGAAAGUUCGGGAAAUGCAGGGACGUCCUGCUCGCGAAUCAAAGCGCAGCGGGGUGUCGACACACAGAGCAGCUCGCAAGGAAGAACGCUCGCGCUCAGCCCCACGGCGUCGUGUGUCUUGGGCCAGUCGCGUCGAGGAGACUGACUCCGUCCGCAGAGAAGUUCGUUCCCGAUCGCACUCCCGUGCCCCAAAAGCAAAUCAGAACGGCCAGCAGAAAGUUCGGGAAAUGCAGGGACGUCCUGCUCGCGAAUCAAAGCGCCGCGGGGUGUCGACACCCAGAGCAGCUCACAAGGAAGAACGCUCGCGCUCAGCCCCACGGCGUCGUGUGUCUUGGGCCAGAGAAGUUCGUUCCCGAUCGCACUCCCGUGCCCCAAAAGAAAAUCAGAACGGCCAGCUGAUCGCCCAAGCAAUUCUAGAUCUGAACAAGGUUGCCAGUUUGGAGGAGAUAGUGGCACAGCUAAUGCUGCGCCUCGGCCGCAACACUUGUGCGGCAGAGAUCUAUGAGUCAACAGCCCAGACCCUCAAGAAGGGGGCUGAGUACGGCUUCAUCCAGAUGGAUAAUGGUGGCUACUGUCUGCUGCCUACUCCGAUCACGGAGGCCGAGACGGAAGUGGACCUGCAGGCGCGUUCCAUGAUUGAAACAGAGGAACAAUCGGUACCCCAAACCUUCAAGCCCUCGGCUCUCUCCACUCUGAGCUUUGCUGCCCCACCGCCAACCCCACGUACCCCACGUACACCUCGUAAAUAGGGGUGCCAUGACCAUCAGAGAUUUUAUUCCACAUCCAAAAAUUGUAUACUCAGUGAUUAAGAAACAGACUCAGAUGUAACUUUAGGCCUAAUUAAAAUUGUUGUAGCAGUACAGCCCGUAUUUUGAUGAGCACUCUGAUGAGCCUAAGGAAAAGCCCAGAGAUGUAACUCAAUCCAUCCAUUAAU